UGUACGGUAUUGUCACAAACAAGAAACAUGGAAAAAAAGAAGUCGGCUCAGCCUACAACAUUAUUGUCAAUGAGUCACAGGCCAAACAGGAAUUCCCCGUAACUAAAAAGACUCAUCGGUAUCACCGACCCUGUGCUUCCUCAUAGAGGCCGCAGCAGCCCAAAAACUUCACUGCUUUACUGCAGCGGCAGAGGAUUGUAGUGGUUACUUGGCGAAGACAAAGACAAGAAGAGCGAGAAGAGACUGAGCGAAGACUUUUCUGUUUUGGCGCCCUUUCCUCGAACCCACUUUGCCAAAACCCCUCCAGAUUCCCCCCCGACCACACACUACUUUUCCCCCAAAUCCCCCCAUCUUCUUCGUCUUCGGUUCCCGACAACCAUACCCACCACUCCCCCUUCCCUUUUCCCCUGUUUAUUUUUCUCGCUUUCGCACAUAUAUGUGAAGUCUACUCAGAUAUUGGAAGCAAUUAUCACUCGGAGGAAAUGGCUACCGAGCAACAGUUAUCGGCCAUUAAGGGCUCAAAAGUGCUGAUGGUGGGUGCCGGUGGAAUAGGCUGUGAGCUUCUCAAAACUCUUGCUCUUUCUGAAUUUCAAGACAUCCAUAUUAUUGACAUGGACACCAUUGAAGUGAGUAACCUAAACAGACAAUUCUUAUUUCGGCAAUCACAUGUUGGGCAAUCUAAAGCCAAAGUUGCUCGUGAUGCUGUUUUAAAGUUUAGGCCUAAUAUUAGCAUUACCCCAUACCAUGCAAACGUUAAAGACCCUGAUUUCAAUGUGGAUUUCUUCAAGCGAUUCAGUGUUGUUCUGAAUGGGCUCGAUAAUUUGGAUGCUAGGCGACAUGUGAAUCGUCUUUGCCUGGCUGCUGGGGUUCCGUUGGUUGAGAGUGGGACUACUGGGUUCCUAGGGCAGGUAACUGUACAUGUGAAGGGUAGAACAGAAUGUUAUGAAUGCCAGCCUAAACCAGCUCCUAAGACUUAUCCUGUCUGUACUAUUACAAGUACUCCAUCAAAGUUUGUUCACUGUAUUGUAUGGGCAAAGGACUUACUUUUUGCAAAGCUUUUUGGGGACAAAAAUCAGGAAAAUGAUCUGAAUGUACGUUCUAGUGAUGCAUCUGGUUCAUCUGAACCUGCAGAAGAUGUGUUUGAACACAAAAAGGAUGAAGAUGUUGAGGAGUAUGGGAGGAGAAUUUAUGAUCAUGUUUUUGGUCAUAAUAUUGAAGUUGCUUUGUCUAAUGAAGAUACGUGGAAAAAACGGAACAAGCCGAGGCCUAUAUAUAUCAAGGAUGUAGCACUUGCUGAGGUGAUUCAACAAAAUGGAAAUUUAGAUAAAGUUCCGGUGUCUACUGAUCCAUUGUCAGUAUCUGCAAUGACAACUAUUGGUCUGAAAAAUCCCCAAGAUGUAUGGAGCCUGGCAGAAAAUUCAAGAGUCUUUCUUGAGGCAUUAAAACUGUUCUUCUUGAAAAGGGGAAAGGAGAUCGGAAACUUAAGUUUCGAUAAGGAUGAUCAGUUGGCUGUAGAAAUUGUUACUGCUGCUGCAAAUAUUCGUGCGUCUUCUUUUGGGAUACCUUUGCAUAGCCUUUUCGAAGCAAAAGGUAUUGCUGGGAAUAUUGUGCAUGCAGUUGCAACAACUAAUGCUGUUAUUGCUGGGUUGAUUGUGAUUGAGGCAAUUAAAGUGUUGCAAGAUGAUGUCAAGAAUUACAGGAUGACAUAUUGUCUUGAACAUCCUUCAAGAAAGAUGCUUCUCAUGCCAGUGGAGCCAUUUGAGCCCAACAAAUCAUGCUAUGUUUGUUCUGAGACACCUUUGACGCUCGAGAUUAAUACAAGUCGCUCAAAGUUGAGGGACUUUGUUGAAAAGAUUGUUAAGGCUAAGCUUGGCAUGAGUCAGCCAAUGAUCAUGCAUGGACACGCCCUUCUUUAUGAGGUUGGUGAUGGUCUUGAGGAAGAUAUGGCUACCACUUAUGCAGCAAACCUUGAGAAGGUGCUAGCACAACUCCCUUCACCUGUCACUGGUGGUACAGUAAUCAUGGUUGAGGACCUUCAACAAGAAUUGACAUGCACAAUCAAUAUCAAGCACAGAGAGGAGUUUGAUGGGGAAAAGGAACCUGAUGGAAUGAUUUUAUCUGGAUUGACCGAAGCACUUGUUCAGAAGAAUGACGAGGCAUCAAAAGAAAAUGGUGCAAGUACAUCUAAUGUGUCGCAAACUGUUUCUGUGGAGGCUGAAGAAGAUGAUGAACUACAAAUACUUCCAGCAGUUAGUGGUCUUGCCGGGAAGAAAAGAAAGUUGCCUGACAAUGCUAAUUCUUCCAAUUCAGAUCUUUCCGGUGUCAUUGAUGAGACUAAAAUCCCAAGAAAAGCAAUUGAUCGUGAAGAUAGUGAGGCUGUUGUUGUGCUUGAUGGGAACGGGGAAAGGAAGAAAAAGAGGGGGCAAUAGUCAUCUCCAAACUUGUUCCAGUGGCAUGUUUUUGCAUUACUUGAUAGUACCAUAUAGUGAACUGUAAUUCAUUUGGUGCUGUAACUCUAGAACUUCCAUUGUUAGUUUUAGAACGUCAAAUUUUGACCUGAGCUGCGCAAUACUGUGCAAUUGACUCUGUAAUCUUAAGCAUCGAGACAUCCAAAUUCUAACUUAACCUAUUGGGCUUUUUUCUGAAUGUUACAGAUACCAGAGUAAUUGUCUUCA